CGGUGGCGCUGAUGAGUGCAGCAGUUAACCCUCUCUUGUCCUCUAUAUCUGACGCCGUGGAGGCUAUCAUACUCACCAUGCACCAGGAGGAUUUUUCAGGGUCGAUGCCUGCGGACACUCAGAAGGAGGCCCAGUGCUCUCUGUACAUGCGUGAGUUGCAGGACUUUGUAACCAGGUGUCAGAAGGACUACCUAUCUCAGUAUGAUUGUCUGGAGUUUAUCAUGGAAAGCAUCAAACCUAUAGCCAGUCGAUGUGUAAUGCUGUUUGUGAGACACGCAAGUUUGGUGCGCCCCCUGGGGGAGGGCGGAAAGAUGCGACUUGCUGCAGACUUUGCCCAGAUGGAAUUGGCUAUCUCUCCAUUUUGUAAAAGGGUGUCCGAUAUCGGCAAAGAUUACAGGCUUUUAAGGGCAUUUAGGCCGCUCCUCUUCCAGACACCAGAACACAUAUGUAAGGGUCCAACAUUGGGCGACAUCAUCCCCUACAGCACAUGUUUACACUUCCUGUUUGCCAGAGGGGCUCCCCCUGAACUCCGGUCUCCACAUAUUGCAGCUGAUUGGUCUGUCAGUCGCUACUCGCAGUGGUUAGAUAGCCAUCCAUCUGAGAAAGACCGACUCACACUCAUCAAGGGAAGCUUAGAGGGCUAUGUCCAACAUGUGAAGUCACGCCAAGGGAAGGAAUUCACCCCAAUAUACCCCAUGAUGUUAGAACUGUUACAGAAAGGUCUACAGAGUGCCACAUAGUGCUGUGUUAGAUGAUGGACUGUUGUGUGUGUGAUGCAUGACUGAAUAUAGGAAAAUAUCUAUCCAGUACAGAGUAGGAGGUUAAAGUGUA